GGAUUAUUUAACUUUCAAGUGAAGGAAAGAGUUCCAAUCACUCUGACAAAGCUUUUGACUCUUUCUUUAACUUUUGGAUCAUCACACAUUUUAAAGAAAUAUGGCUGGGUUACAACAGAAAUGAAGACUCUGGUAAUUAAGCAUCAUGAGUAAAUAUCAAACAUUUGAAAAUGAGCCUGACUUGGAUCAGAAGAAACAUGUCACUGCUAUCGAGCCGGAGCAUUUGGAUGUAACUUUAAACAACUCAUUAAAACCGGUUGCACCGCAGAUGACUAGAGCUAUUGGUCAAUCAAGAUUUGUUCAAAAUGUUUCUGAAGCAAACGGGGAAUCUCAGGUGUCGAUUAUUAUAAAUCCAGCGGAAAUAGAAGAAGUAGAUGCUAACAUAAGCUUUCUACAGUUCCAGCUUAGAAGAAUUGUUGAACAUUUAGUUUUUAGAGUGAUCAGUUUGUUUCUAAUAAUCACUGACAUCUGCGUUUUGAUAGCUGCUUUAUCUGUAACAGAGGAUGAACAUACAAAUAAAGCUUUUGAAAUCACAGCGUUAUGUUUUGUUUGCUAUUUUAUGUUAGAAGUUUCUCUUCGUAUGGCAGCAAAAGGGAUAAAAGGAUUUUUUAAUGAUUGGUUUAAUAUUGUGGACUUGGUUGUAGUUAUUGUUUCCUUUGUUAUUACUGUGAUAUAUACAUCUGUGGAUCUUGGUUUUGGUUAUGCAAAACUUGUUGUAGCUGGUCGUCUUGUUCGAAUUGUAACAUUUGUGCGUCUUUAUACGGAAAGAAAGCAACUUGUGAAAGGAGCUCGUCAAAUGGUUUCCCAAAAUAAGCGAAGGUAUCAAAAAGAUGGGUUUGAUUUGGACUUGACCUAUGUCACUGAGCGUGUAAUAGCAAUGUCAUUUCCUUCAUAUGGAAAAAUGUCUCUUUAUCGAAAUCCAAUAAAAGAAGUUGCACGAUUUUUGGAUUUCAAACAUAAAGAUCAUUAUAAGGUGUACAAUUUGUGCAGUGAGAAAACUUAUGAUGACACAUAUUUUCAUGGAAGGGUUGAAAGAUUUAUCAUUGAUGAUCAUAAUGUUCCAUCAAUCAAUGAUAUGGUUCAAUUUGUGAAAAAUGUUCGUGAAUGGCUUGACCAAGAUAAGCAGAAUGUAAUUGCUGUUCAUUGUAAAGGUGGAAAAGGAAGAACUGGAACAAUGAUAUGUGUUUGGCUUGUUGAAGCUGGUUUAUUUGGGAGUGCUGAAGCAAGUUUAGAUUACUUUGGUAACAGGCGUACUGAUCUUUCGAAAAGCAGUAAAUUUCAAGGUGUAGAAACACCAAGCCAGAAUCGUUAUGUAGGAUAUUUUCAACUUAUAAAAGAAAAAUAUAAUGGUAUGCCUCCUAAAGAAGUUAAUUUACUGCUCAGAGAACUAAAGAUUACUGCUUUAGCAGGCAUUGGGAAAGGAGAUGGCUCAGAUUUCUCAUGUGAAGUUUUUAUUGGACGCUCUAAGGUGUUUGAAUGUGACUUUGGUUCUAACAAAAAUUGCCAAGCUGACUACAAAUCUGAAGCUGAUGUGCUUGAAGUUACACUUUUAAACUGUCCAAUUCUUCAUGGUGAUGUGAAACUAAAAUUCCAGUGUUCUUCUAGAGCAGUGCCUAAAGGAUAUGAAAAUUGUCCAUUUUACUUUUGGUUUCAUACCAGCUUUGUAGAAAACAACAGGUUCCUGGUGAAACGAGACUAUUUGGACAAUCCCCAUAAACCAAAGACAUGGAAAGUUUUUAGAGAAAAAUUAUCUAUUGAAUUAUUUUUCAGUCCGCCUGAUGACAAGCAAGAUAUUCCCUUAAAUUGAAUAUUCAAGUUGAAGAAACAUUUCAGGGCAUUACAUCCUCAACAUUAGAAGUGAGUUAUUUUAGAAAAGAAAAUAAGACAUUAGAACUUCCCAUGAACUGAUAUCAAAUGAGAACUUUUGUAAGAAGAAUUUUGUUUUGUUUCAUUGUUAGUUAUUGAAAUAUUUUUUGGUAACUAUUGCUAGCUCUUUGCAAGAAGAAUUUGAGCUUUGAGAACUGAUGCUUCAUAUCAAUGGAGUUGGAAGCUUUUUACGACAUUUUGUUAACUGUUCUUUGCAUUCAUAUAUGUGAUAUUUAAUGACUAUAAUCAGCUUUUUAAAUGUCUAUUUACAUUUUCAACUAUAAAAUUGUUGCAUAAUAUAUUUUUUUAAAUAUUGUUAUUCUUAAUAAUGUUCAAUAUUCAAUGUUGGAUUUACAAUGAAAUAAAAUAUUUCAUGCA